AUGGCUGCCAUGCCAAUCUCUGACUCGGAUUUGCUCUGCGAUCCGGCGACUCCAUACCACGGCUUCACUUUCCGGGAUGGCUACUUCACGCACCAGUGUUGGCCUGGGGUCCGUCUUAUUGCAUGCACUGGAGAUGAAAGCGUUGUCAUCGAUGCCUGCGAGGCUGCUCCAUGCCGUGGAGGUUGGGGUAUCGAAGCAUAUGAUGGUUCCCGGCUGAACGAAGAACCCUACUCGCUCCAUCAUAUGCUUGCCGGCGAGGCUCUCGCACCACAAUUCGUUGGCGGCAGAGUCUACCAAGCCAAUCUCAGGAUGUGGGAUUGUGUGAAGGUUACCCAAAAGAUGUCACGGCCCAUGAGGGUCAAGAGGCAGCUGGACGCAUUCGAGCUAUACAAACGACGUGGUGCUUCUGGCACUACUGGAGCAGGGAUACUGAGUUGA